UGAGCACACGCGCGAGGACAAGAUCUGCUGCAGGUAACUCCACGUCGGCGGUGGCGGCGGUUGCGAGCAUGAAGAGCCGGGCUCGCCCACUGGGAAACACGAGGGUGCAGCAGGGUGGGGAUGCGAUGGACAUAGACUCCUCGGUGGACGGUAAGGAGAACGCUCACGCCCGCACAAACACAAAUGCAAACGCGAGAGGCAAGAACGCAAACACAAGCAAGAAGGGCCAGCAAGGAAAGGCGCGCAAGACUAAAGAGAGCUUGAAGUCGAUUAACUGUACAUGCACCAAGGGCGAUGACGGCUCGCCGAUGAUUUACUGUGGCGAGUGUAGGAUAUGGUAUCAUUUCACGUGUGUGGAUAUGAGCGAGCCGGAGGCGGAGGAGAUUAGUGUGUAUAUAUGUCCUACUUGUACAGAGGCAACAGGCCGUCGUUCAGCUAGGUAUUGGGAAGGCGAACAGGCAGUGGAAGAGUGCACAGAUGACGAAAGUACCGUUAUCGAACGCAGAAAGAAGGCCUUGAAAAGCCGAACACGAACCCCAGCCGCAACACAAGAAACCAAAUAUGUGGACUUGGACGAAUCGGAAGGCGAACCAAGCAGCGAGGAUGAAUACGUUGACGAUAAGGAAGUGCAGGAGGAGAAAACUAGGCCCUCUGAGAAGGAGCGAGCGUCUCGCCUGCGCCGCCUGUCAUCGGGAUCGGAGUCUGCUGACGCUUCCGAAGACACCGGAACACACCACCGAAGGAGACGCCUGAGCCGCGUUAAAGCCUCGCAGACCCCACCACCCCCGGCUCCCCAGCAUGGCCACCAUCUGAAGCGGAAGGCGACACUCACGAACGUGGCUCACGGAUCGACGACGCCUCCGCCCCCGAAGAGGAAGAAGUCAGGCGACGCGGCUGCCGAGGACCCGGCGAGGAAGUACUGCCUAGGCAAGUUCGAGGAGAUGUUCCGGGAGGUCUACCUCCGCUACCCUCACGUCCGUGUCAGUGGUGGAGGUGGAGGUGGCACUGGCGCGGAUGAGGGCGAUGGAAAUGGGAUGAAGCCAGAAGACGGACAUGAAGAGGUGGGAGAAGGUGGAGCUGGAUUGAAGGGGAAGGGAAGGAUCGUGAAGAAGAAACUGGAAGAACUGAGUGAAGAGGAACGGGAAGCGCUGAUCGAGGAGUCGCGCCAGUUCGCGCGCGAGUUGGAGAAGUGCGUCUUCGAGAUAUAUGCGGAGCCGGAUAAGAGUGGCCAGCCCCAUGCUGGAGCGAAGUACAAGGACCGCUUCCGGAUGGUGCAGUUUAACCUUAGCAAAGUUGACCGUGUCGUAAUUCACCAGCGCAUUACGAGUGGAAAUAUUUCAGCUAAGGAGAUAUCGCUCAUGUCGUCGACUGACCUAGCGAACGAGGAGACGCAGCAGUCAAUCAAGGAGGCUGAGAAAGAGGCCCUGCGGCACUCGAUCCUGGAGAAACCGAUGGUCCCGCGUGCGAAGAUCACGCAUAAGGGAUUGCAGGAUAUCGAGGAGGUGAACGGGGAUGUCGUGAGUGCGCAGGAGCUUGAACGCCAGAAGGAGCGCGAGCUGGAGGAGGAGGAGCGCCGCGAAAGAGAGCGCCUCCAGCGCGUGCGGACGACGGCGACGCAGCAUCAGAGGCAGCGCACUGCGUCGAUGUCUGUCCCGCCAGAGUCGCCCACAGUCCCGCAGCACAGUCCCACAGAGCAGAUACACCACCACCAAGCGUGGGGCGCGCCACCCGCCGUGCCGUUGCACACCAUGGGCGCCCCUGACGAUGCAAAUGCCUCGCUGCGACCGCCGUUGUUUUUGCAUUCGUCUUCUGAUACGAUGAACGUGACGGAGCCCGAGCUGAACCUCGCCGACUUGAUCAACAUCGAUGACGAGCAGGACACGCCUGCAAGCGCGACCGGGGUAUCUGCGAAUGAGGACCAGCAGCAGGGCGUCUUCUCUCCGACGAGCGCGUCACUCGCGUCGCCUGUUGCCGCUACUCCUACUGGCAUAUCGCCGUUCGCCCAGCGACAAGAGAGGCCGCGGGCGCCUUCGUUCGACUUGAAUGCGCUCUGGAACGCACCGAAGGAAGUGCCUCCGCCGACAAAUGAAGAGUCAAACCCCGAGACUGCCUCCGACGCAACUGACACCGCUGUAUUUACUGCCACCCCUCUGGACCAACCGCGCUCAGAGGACGGCGACGACAAGGAUGAUGCGAUGGAAUUGGAGUCCGUUGAGGCAAACGAUCAAGAUUUUGACAUGUUCCUGGAUGAGAAACCGCAUGAGCCGACUCUCAUCGUUUCAAAUAUCCAAAGGCCCGUUGAGAGUUUGCCUCAAGUUUGGAGUGGAAAGGUAACCAUGCCACUUGAUUCGAGCGUUCCUCAAGAAACGACUCUCAUAGCCCGUCAAGUAGGAGGGAAACCGCUGGCGCCUGAUUCGGUCCUCUGGAGUACACUGUUCCCUUCGGAUGUUUUGAGGAUUGAAGGACGCGUUCCUGUGGAGAACUCCGUCAAAUACCUUUUACAAAUGCGCAUGAAUCCCACGAAGGAGCUGUAUGCUGCUGCCUUCGUUCCAGCUUCUUUCGAGGGCGAAGCGGAUUUCAAGGUGUUUUGCAAUUUCUUGAUUUCGAAGAGGCGACAUGGCUUGGUAUUCCCGUGGGGUAGCAGGCCUAAGGAAUACCACCCUGGACGUGAAUUGUACAUGAUACCACUACUUCAGACAGAAGCACUGCCUGAGUUCGUUGAACUUCUUGAUGACCUCAAGCUACCGAAAGCUCGCUCCAGAGACUUCCUCGUUGGUAUCUGGAUUCUGAACAAAGGCAAAUUGGCCCCUCUCCCUGGAAAUGUGCAGACUACGCCGCCGGUACAGACACCUACCCCAACUCAGUCAACUCCUUCGCAGCCUCCCGCUUCUGCCCUGAAUAUUCCCAUCUUUAGUCCACCGCCGGUCCCGGUACCCCCACUUAGCGCUACCCCGAAUGUGCCACCUCCGAUUCCAAACUUGCCCAUUGCACCCUCAACGCUUGCUGCUGAGGUCGCGUCUCUGACACCGGAACAAAUUCAGAGUGUACUUCGUACUCUCGCUGCAACAAAUCUUCCAGGCUUGGCACCGCCAGCUCCAGCUCCAGCGCCACCACCUCAAUCGUUCCCACCUAUUCCGCCACCUCUCAAUCGACCGCCUUUCCCACCACACAUGCCCCCACAGACAACGGCACCACCCCCGCCUAACUCCCAACCUUGGAUGCCUCCUCCUGGGCCGUAUCCCAUAAGCUUCCCUCCACCCAACGUUCCUUUCCAACAACCAUCCAUGCCCCCUCAGACAACACACCAUUCAUCCGUGCCUCCCUCAAAUGGAGCCUAUGACCGGAAGGACUUUGAUAUGCGAGACUACGACAGGCAAGACUAUAGUAGGCAAGAUUAUGACCGCGAUUAUCGACCUGGCCCACCGUACCAGCAAGGGCGGGACGACCAUUACGGUGGUCAGCGAAAUAACCGAGGGCGUGGGCAGAAUAGUAACAGAGGAAAUAAGAACAGGAAUAGAGGUGGUCGUAACGAUCAAGGUCAUGACCGAGACUUCCAUCCCCGUAGGUCAGCUGAUUCUGGAUGGCCGCGUCGUCCUAGGAAUGACCAAGGAGGUCCUGGUUGGUGAA